CCGGAGGUACCUCCACAUUUACAGGCGAACCACGCGAAGCCGCAUGUACUCGCUUUCACCCGGCCUCCGCAAAAAGUGGGCAUGGGAUGGCCUUCGAUGUCGUCUAGGCCGGGUGAAUCGCGGUUGGCAUUGCCCAGUCGGACGAGCCGUCGGCCGGGAGGCGGUCCACGAUGUUGGACUCGGGGACAUAAAAGCGUCCUUCUUCCCGGUUUUGACAGGAUGAUCUCCCAUCUCCUUAUCCUCCUUCUGGCUCUUUCGGUUCCAUAGUGUAACUGCCGUCAAGAUGUCUUCCAUCGACAUUAAAGCCAUUCUUUCCACCCUCACCCUUGAGGAGAAGAUCACUCUCCUCGCAGGCAAGGAUCUUUGGGAGACCAUUCCUAUCCCCUCCAAGGGUGUUCCGGCAGUCAAGCUCUCAGAUGGACCUAACGGUGCUCGAGGAGCCGCCUUCACUGGUGGCACCACGGCUGCUUGCUUCCCCGCUGCCAGUGCUAUGGCCUCUACCUUCGAUAUUAACCUGGCCAAGCGAAUUGGUGGUGCCCUAGCUGAGGAGGUUCACUCCAAGGGUGCUCGCUGCCUUCUCGCCCCUACCAUGUGCCUCCACCGUCAUCCCCUGGGUGGUCGCAACUUCGAGUCCUUCUCCGAGGACCCUCUCCUGACCGGCAAGAUGGCAACUCGCGUCGUCGAGGGACUCCAGGAAGAAGGCGUCGCUGCCACUGUUAAGCAUUUCGCUGUCAACGAGCAGGAGACUGACCGUCUGACUGUCGAUGAGACUGUCGACGAACGGACUCUUCGAGAGCUCUACCUCCGUCCCUUCGAGAUUGCCGUCAAGGAGGCCAAGCCCUGGGCUGUUAUGACUGCCUACAACAUGGUCAACGGCCACCAUGCUGACUCUCACCCCUUCACCCUGAAGCAGGUCCUCCGUGGAGAAUGGGGAUGGGACGGUCUGGUUAUGAGCGACUGGGGUGGUGUGAACUCCACUGCGGAGUCCCUGGAUGCCGGUCUAGAUCUUGAGAUGCCCGGCCCUACUCGUUGGAGGAAGUACGAGGAUGUUAUUGCUGCUAUCAAGGCGGGAAAGAUUACCGAGAAGACUAUUGAUGAGCGAGCUACUCAAGUUCUCAAGUUCCUCGAGCGCCUCAAGUGCUUCGAGGAUGCCACCAUCCCCGCUGAGCAGGCUAUUGACAAGCCCGAGCACCGGGCUCUUAUCCGCGAGGCGGGCUCCAAGGGUAUUGUUCUUUUGAAGAACGAGGACCAAGUUCUACCUCUGUCCAAGGACAAGGUCAAGGGCAAGAAGAUUGCUCUGCUUGGACACGCCAAGAUUGGUCUUGCCCACGGAGGUGGCAGCGCUUCACUCAACGCUCAUUAUAAGGUUACCCCUUGGGACGCCAUGCACACUGCCCUUGGCGACAGUGUCGAGUUCUCAUAUGCUAAGGGAGCCCAUACCUUCCGUACUCUCCCUCCUAUCCCCGGUGACAAUGUCGUCGGUCUCGAUGGCAAGCCAGGAUACACCUAUAAGCUUUACGAGCCCGGCUCUUCUGAGCCCUAUGAGACCCAGCACGGACACCCCGACUCCGAUGUCAACGUCCUUAGCAGCUUUGGCUUCAGCAACAAGAACGUGUCGCUGGAGGGCACUUUCACCCCUAAGGAAACCGCCACCUACUACUUCACCUGCUCUGGUCUCGGACCCAGCAAAUUGGUCAUUGAUGACAAGAUUAUCUACGAGCAGACUGAGAACUGUGGCGACGCUAUGGGCUUCCUUUUCGGUGGCGCUCCCGCUCCCGAGAUCAAGGUUCCUCUUGUGGCAGGAAAGCAGUACAAGAUGCUGAUCUUCACCUCUCCACCCGCUCCUAAGAAUGCGAGCGAGGAGGAGGAUCUUGGUAUCCUUGCAGGACGAGUUGGUCUCCGAAUCGGACACAUGUCGGAGGUCGAGCACGAUAAGGAUCUUCUCGCUGAGGCCGUUGAGGUGGCCAAGGCCGCUGAUAUUGCCGUCAUCUUUACCGGCCACGAGCCUUUCUGGGAGACUGAGGGUGAGGACCAGCGAAGCUUCAACCUGCCCAAGGACGGCAGCCAGGACCGACUUAUCGCUGCUGUUGCCGCUGUUAACCCCAAGACCAUCGUUGUUAACUCUACCGGUGUGGCCGUUGCCAUGCCCUGGUUGGGCGAGGUUCAGGGUCUCAUCCAGUCCUGGUUCGCCGGCCAGGAGUGCGGUAAUGCCAUCGCCGACGUCCUGACUGGAGCUCAGACUCCUGAGGGUCAUCUCUCUUGCACAUUCCCCAAGAAGCUUGAAGACUGCCCCGCCCACGGUAACUUCCCCGGCGAGUACGUCAACGGCAAGCUCAAGGUUACUUAUGAGGAGGGCGUCUUUAUCGGUUACCGACACUUUGAUCGCCUGUCCGCUGAUAAGGUCAACUUCCCCUUCGGAUUCGGCCUGUCUUACACCACUUUUGGCUUCUCCGACCUCGAGGUCAAGGAGUCUAGCGACAAGUUCGCCGUCAGUGUCAAAGUUGCCAACACUGGCAGCGUCGUCGGUGCCGUCGCUGUGCAGGUGUACGUUGGCAGCGUCGAGACUGCUGAGGAAAACCCUAUUAAGCAGCUUGCCGCUUUUAGCAAGGUGACUGUCAAGCCUGGAGAGACCGCCACCGUUGGCAUUCCUGUCAGCGCCCGCGAUUUCUCCUUCUUCGACGUUGCUUCACAAAAGUGGGUUGUCAAGGAGGGAGACUACAAGUUUAUGAUUGGAAAGUCGGCUACUGAUAUUGUUGCCGAGUCCACGGUGGCUGUCAAGGGACAGUCUUUUGGUCUUUAACGCGUUGCAUAGAAUAGAUUAGCGAAAUUGAACUCGAAUUAAUAAUGUA